AUGGACGUAUCCGCCUAUUCCAAUGACCUUUACGAGUAUCCAGCUAUUAAGCAAUCUACCAACAGUCUGUGUAAUGCCUUUGUCAUGUGCUGGGAGAACGUCCUCGUGCCAACAAAAUGGAUGCGCCAACAUUUAGGUCUCAAGUCAUCACUAGCAGCUCUUCAAACUGCAAAACAGCAAAUUCUGCGCACUCCGCACCUACAGGCAGCACUUGCUACAGUCGAGCAAGAACUUAUCCAUCUCCUUACUUCAGUAUCAAAUCCAUGGCCCGCUAUUUAUCAUGAUAGCUCUACGGUCAUGACCAGUGUGCACGUCGUUGGGGCUCCCAACCGAUUCCAGAGGGCAGCUGAGAAAGCUGCAUGGCGAGUCAACUUACUACAAAGUUUGUGUCGUGACCGGCUCUUUGGUGGAGCACCGCAGAAGCUUUUUGACCCGAUAACAGGCAAGUUCGGACUCGUGGUGGUUAGUCCUCAUCAAACGGACAUCGCAGCGUGUGCUGACGCGAACAAAGCAGCACCCUUUGUCAUUUCCAAGAGUGUCCAUGUACAGAAUGCACGAAAUUUAACGCUUCAAGAAUUUAUGCUGCAUCUACGGACGUUAGCAGGGUACGUCCCCCAGGCAGCGCCAUGCGAUACGAGCUUUGCCAUUCAGCUUUAA